CGUCCACAGAUAUAUCUUAUCAUUUGGUCCAGUCGAGGACCCCUAUCGUACGCCGUCAAUGCCACCAAUAGUGAAGGAGCUGUGGGUAUUUCCCUGUAUGGGUGAAAUUACUAUUAGUACGGAGCACUGAAGCGACAACGGAUCAAGCAACGUCCCCGUUGGGCGUAUCGUGUGAUCGGUAUGCAGAAGGUUGAGCUCACAAAGACUCGUUUGUUUUGUUGGUCUGAACUGUUCCCCUCAACCGCUGCUCCUUGGAAUUGUGCCUAUGCAGUUUUGUCACCCUCGAUAUUCCCAGUUCAACAUGGCUGCCACCACCCUCGAUGCGUCCGUUGAACAUGCCAUUCCCGCUGAGUAUGCCGACAAGCUGGAUCCGGAAUGGGUCAAGCUAUGGAACGAACAUGGCAGACAUCAGCGAAGAGCAGAUGAAGUGAAGAUUGAAGAGUACAGGAAGAAUCCAUCCGCCUAUAGCUUCACGUAUCCCACCUGGCCUGGACCUGAUGUACACCGAGUUGAAGACAUCAUGGUCCCCGUGUCACAGCCCAAAGGCACCAUCACGGUCAGGGUAUAUUCUCCGGAAGGCCCAGGCCCGUUUCCCGUUCACAUCAACAUGCAUGGGGGUGGCUGGGUCCUGGGUGGUCUUCACUCCGAGGCCGCAUGGUGCCGGAGCGUCUGCUCCAGAGUUGGCAUCAAGGUUAUUGACGUUGAUUACCGCAUGGCACCCGAGUUUUUGUUUCCAGUCGCCAUCUACGACUGCUGGGACACGAUCAAAUGGGUCGGCGAAAACGCAGAAACCCUGGCGGUCCGUCCGGACAGCAUCUCCAUCGGAGGUCUCUCUGCCGGUGGACACAUGGCCGCCGUGCUCUCCCUCAUGGCCAGAGACGAGGGCGGUCCUGACCUCAAACUGGCUCUGAUGGUCGUCCCGUCGGUAGAUUUCCGGUGGUCCAUUGCGCCUGAGCCCCUAAAGUCCGAGGUUGCGACCGAGUACCCGAGCGUCGAGCUCUUUGCACAUAAUCCGUGGGGCCCUCGUGGUCGCAUGGACUGGUUCAUGGAUUAUUGGGUCCCAGACAUUGAUGGAGUCAGAAAGGCGGCGAUCGACGACUGGAGAGCUUCGCCGAUCCUGGCCUCCAACUUUGAACGUCUACCUCCCACGCACAUCGUCACGGCCGAGUUCGACCUGAGCCGCGACGAGUCCCACGCGUACGGCGAGAUUUUGAAGAAGCACGGCAACGACGACAAGGUCACGAUGAAAUGUUACGCCGGGAUGCCUCACGCCUUUGGUCACUACAACCACCCCGACCGAGGUCUGGCCAAGAGUCGCGAAUACGUCGACGACACUUGCGAGGUCAUUAGAUCAGCCCACGCGGUUGCUCAAGCGGCCCUGACCUGAGAGGGGAAAAGGGUCGAAAACGAACCAGGGUGCUUCGUAUGUUCAGUUAUAUUCUCAAUUGAUCAUGAUGAAGUGAAAACAAAGAUGCAGGUGCCAUCAGGACCUUGAAACAAAACCCCAGGGCCAAAAAUGACAGAA